AUGCAGUUCUCAUCAGUCAUCCUUGCCGCCGUUGCGUGCGCUGCACAGGCUCAGGCCAUUGGUGUUCAGGCCGUCCAGGUUGCUUCCAACAACGGCUCCCUGACCUUCUCUCCCGAGAAGAUCACUGCUCCUCCCGGCAGCAUGGUCCAGUUCCAGUUCAUGGGCGGCAACCACACCGUCACCCAGUCCACCUUUGACAACCCCUGCCAGCCCAUGGGCAUCGUCCAGACCGACCCCAACUCGCCCCCCAAGGAGGGCAUCUUUUCUGGCUACGUCCCCGUCGCCGCCUCGGCCAACAUGGGCCAGCGCCCCGUCUUCAGCAUCAUGGUCAACGACACCAAGCCCAUCUGGCUCUACUGCCAACAGGGCCCCCACUGCCAGCGCGGCAUGUCCAUGGUCAUCAACGAAAACCCCGCUAGCAACAACACCAAGACCCUGGCAAACUACAAGGCCGCCGCCGCCGCCCUCGGUGGAGGCAACGCUGGCCAGCCCGGCGGAAACCAGCCUACCACCCCCGGCGCCGGCAACGGCAACGGCCAGCCCGGCGACAACAACAACCAGAACCCCGGCGCCGGCGGUGCCGAGGGCGGCGGCAACAACGUCCCCGCCGCCGGCGCCUCGCUCGCCGUUCCCAGCUCGCUCCUGCUCGUCGCCGGUGCCGCGUUCAUGCUGCUGUAA